CCUCGUGGACUGGGAGUUAUUUUUCUCUUAUAUAAUAAUAGUUUGUCCAAAACUUGAUUUUGUUCAUAUGUGUGCACCAUGCUGGUAAUCGGCCACACUGCAACACUCAGGCACCUAACAUCCAACAUUACCAAAGUGCACCUGUUUUCUUUCUUUUCUUUUUUUCUAAGCUACACACAACAACACACACUCUAGCGGUAUAUACAAAUCAGUUAUUUUGAGCAUUUAUAGAUUACUUCAGUUUAUUUUUAAACUUCCAGAAUGGAUUUAUCGUCAUAUCUGACAAUUGUUCAUUACUACAGUAUGCAGACGGUCUUGAUGACGCCCCCGGAAAUCUGCUUGAUUUUCUGUUGCACUUAGAGUACACUCGUAGAACUAAAUCAUUCUUCUUUGGUGGCUGGUUCGGCCAUGGUGUAGGAGCCUCUGCUGUUCUUAGAGCUACAGCUGAACUCCUGAAAUCCGGAAGAAGUAAUCCUGACACGAGGGAGCAAUUUGGAAAAAUUAUCCAUGUAGAUUGCUCUCUAUGGAAAAAUAGAAGAGCUAUGCAGAGGGCAAUCAUGGAGGAGUUAAACCUUGGCCAUUUAAUGCCCAUCUUUGAUAAGCAGGAUGAGGAUGAUGAUUUUAGAGGAAAAGAUGUUUGCUCUAGAGUAGAGAUACCAAGCAUUGCAAGUGAGAUCAAUGCGUCUCUUGGAAACGGAAGAUUUCUAAUGAUUGUUCAUUAUGGGGGAGAAGAAGACAUUGAUCUGGUAGAGUGUGGCAUUCCUAAUCCUGAAUUUGGACCCUAUGCUUGGAAAGCUGUUAUGGAGCGGCCAUGCAAGAUUUCAGCUCCCAGACAGAAAGGGGAAUUUAAAGUCCAGUCUUGAUUUUUUCAAAAGAUUGAUUUAUAUCCUCAUAAAGUUGGUUCCAAUGAACUACUGCAUCAUUUAUUUCACAAAGAAGCCGCUGAAGUGAUUGGUUACACCGGCAUGGAUGAGGUCAGCCCAACAAUAGCUUUGGAUUGCUUUUUGUACUCAAUGUUCCUGAUAUAUCAACGAUGGAGGCCUAUCAGUGUUGACUAUGAUUGGGGCACUCAUGCUUGCAACCACUGGAUAUGUGAUGGCAUGCUUCAAGGGGACAGAGCCUACAAGGUUGGCAGUGCAUUGUAUGGAGUGAUACAGAUGGCGGCAAAAUUUCGUGUUUUGACCCUUUUGGCGUAUAAAAUCAGGAUCUGACCCUGGUUUGGAAAAAAUUCGAGAUUUGACCCUUUUGCUACCGCCGGAGGACCUGGCAGUAGCGUUCUACAGGCUACCGCCGCCCCUCCUGGCGGUAGGUUCCCUGAUGUUGUCUGCCAGUUAACCGCCGCCCGUACACGUGACGAAGGACCUACCGCCGCGGGCCCUGGCGGUAGGCUAUUGCAACCUACCGCCGGGAUGUCUGGCGGUAGGGUCCUGGAUAAGGUUGUGAGGGCUGGGGCUGUGCUGCUCCCCCACCCACUCAUUCACCCAUCCCUCUUUCGAGCUCUCACUCUCUCCCCCUCUUCUCCCCCACCCAAGCACCCACUAGAUUCCCCUCCAUUGCUUGAGGUUUGUCUGGUGGAUCGUGGGCAUUUGCAUCACCCAAGCAUGGAAAACAAGACCCUGGAGAUGAUGAAGAAAGCAUAUGAGAAGUGUUGUGACAUUGCAUCUAUCAGUCUGGCGGUAGAUCAUGAGAAGAUUGUAGCGGAGCGACAACUUGGUAUCAAGAGGGAGCUUGAAGAAUGGUUCAAGAGCAAUGAUGAGGAAAAUGCGGCCAUGAUGGAUUUCAACAAGUAUCCUUUGAUGGAGGAACCUUCUGAUCUUACAGAGAAAAAAGUUUUCCGGAGGCUUGUGAAAGAAAAACAGAAGAUCCUUAAUGAGCUGCACGAGAUGGAAUAUGCUUGCAUACAUUCUUUGGCAACGGAGAUCUUUUUCUCUAUGAGCAAAGAAGAAUUGCGCGAGCUGGUCUUGAGAAAACCCGGACAGGUUAUUGGAUGGGCAAUCACACAAGGCAUGUCAGAGAUUCCUGAACGCCGUGCUCGAUGGGCCUGGUUCGGCGAAACGAAAGGUGUGUUGGAGAAUUGGGCGGGAUCGUCGGAUUUUCAACUGAAGCCUAAUCCUGAUCGUGACUCACAAAUUAAACGUCUUAUAUGGUUUAAAUCUUUUUUUCCGUUGUAGAAAAUGUAUGCUCGAGCUUGAGCUUCUAGUUUGAACUCAUGUUAUUCGAAUCACUAGAUGUUUUAAGUCAUUUGAACAAGUGUCUUUUGUGGAUGUAAUGAA